UAUUUUUAAUGACUGUUGUGGUAGUCGUGCAUGUCAUUUGAAACAUGUCAUAUGUGUUUUGACAAUUGAUAAUUUUAUUUAAGAAAAAAUAAUUGUAUAAUACCGGUCAGGGGGAAAUGAUUAUAAUUCACAAUGAAUACGGGAUCAACACAAGACAUCGUAAUUGAAGUUCUGCAAAGAGCCUCGAGUCAAAAUCCAGAAGUGUUAAAACCGGCUGAAGCCAAAUUACGGGAAUGGGAAACUCAACCUGGAUUUUACACAGUUUUAUUUAAUGUUUUAUCUAACCACUCGCUUGAUAUAAACGUACGGUGGAUUGCAGUUUUGUAUAUAAAAAAUGGUAUUGAACGAUAUUGGAGAAAAAACGCACCAAACGCUAUUUUAGAGGCAGAAAAACAAAACAUUAAACACGGUUUAAUUUUAAGUUUUAACGAACCCGUUAGUCAGAUUGCGGUACAAAGAGCGGUUUUAAUUUCGAAAAUUGCACGAAUUGAUUGUCCGAAAGAGUGGCCCGAAUUAUUUCCGACUUUACUACAAGUAAUUGAAAGUCCUGAUUCUCUAGUCCAACAUCGAGGAUUUUUAACUCUUCAUCAUGUAGUUAAAGCCAUUGCUUCGAAACGGUUAACAGGCGAUCGCCGUUUUUUCCAAGAGUUUUCCAGUAAUAUUUAUUCGUUUGUGUUGAAUUUAUGGAAUAAUUUCACCGAACAAUUUAUGAAUGAUGUAAUGAAAGGCGCAGCUUCGCAACUAGUUCUUACAAAUUUGGAAAAAGCACUAUUGACUUUGAGGAUUUUACGCAAAUUGACUGUUUUUGGUUUUUAUAAACCGCAUCAAAACCAGGAUUGUAUGAAGUUUUUGAAAGUGAUUUUUGAUCGCGCUAAAAUGGCACUGCAAUGCAGGAAACAUUUGAGGGAUAAAGAACUGGUGGAACAAUGCGAAAAAUUCAUUACACACUUAACGAAAGUUUUAAUAUCCGUCUUGGACGUACAUCCAUUUUCAUUCAUUGAUUUCAUUCAACCUUCGUUCGAAUUUACUACUUAUUUUCUUUUCACUCCUGAUGGAAUUAAUUUCUUGUUUGAACGCUUCAUUAUUCAGUGUUUUAAUUUAAUUAAAAAUAUUCUCUUGUGUGUGGAAUAUAAACCGCCGAAAAUUCUCGAAAUGUGUAAACAGGAGGAAACACUUAAAGCGCACGAGAUCAAAAUUAAUUUUUUUCAAGCCAAUACUUUAACCGAAAUUUGCCGAAAAUUGGUCUCGCAUUAUUUUAUUUUGACACAAGAAGAGUUGGAAAUGUGGGAUGCUGAUCCAGAAACGUUUGCGAUUGAUGAAAGUGGUGAUAGUUGGAAGUAUAGUUUGAGGCCUUGUAUGGAAACUGUUUUCGUGACAAUUUUUCACGAAUUUCGGGACGCUUUAGCUCCGGUUUUGCUUGAAAUGAUUCAUGAAACCAACUGUAUUGUUUUACCCGAAGACACUCAAGGAAUAUUACGUAAAGACGCAGUCUAUAAUGCAGUUAACUUGGCCGCUUAUGAUCUUUAUGACGAGGUCGAUUUCGAUUCAUGGUUCACCAACACAUUAACUCAUGAGCUUAAAAUGAAACAGAACAAUUACCGUGUGAUUCGGCGAAGAGUUUGCGCCUUAAUCGGCCGUUGGACUGGCAUAAAAUUAUCAUCGGAAUUACGUCCAGCUUUAUACGAAUGUGUGAUUAAUUUAUUAGGUCCUGACGAAGACAUGGCUGUUCGCUUAACAGCCUCUGCAACACUACGAUACGCUAUUGAUGAUUUUGAGUUCAGUUCCGAUCAAUUUCGUGAUUAUUUAGACCCAGCAUUUAACUUAUUGUUUAAUCUGUUGAAAGAAGCGAACGAAUGCGAGACAAAAAUGCACGUUUUGAACGUAAUGACCCUAAUGGUGGAGAGAGUAGGACAGACUAUUAAACCACACACUGAUGCAUUGAUUCAUUAUUUGCCAUUGUUGUGGACCGAAUCUGAAGAUCAUAAUAUGUUGAGAUGUGCGAUUGUUUCGACUUUGGUUCAAUUGGUCAAAGCUUUGGGGUCGGUUAGUUCAGAAUUGAACCCGUUUUUAUUACCGAUUAUACAAUUAGGCACUGAUACGAAUCAAAGUGCUAUUGUUUAUCUCUUGGAGGAUUGUCUCGAGUUGUGGUUGACUGUGUUGGAAAAUUCUACAACUAUGUCAAACGAGCUUUUGCAACUAUUUAACAAUAUGCCAACUUUAUUGGAAUAUUCAACUGAGAACUUAAGACUUUGCCUAUUGAUUGUGUUGGUUCACACUUUGUUGGCGCCAGAUCUUGUCAUGCGAACACACGGAGUUCAAGUGAUUACAGUUUGUGAUAAUUUAAUGGCCGAUAUGAAAAAUGAAGGCAUUGUAAUGUUGAUCCGAAUGUUGGAAAUUUUUAUUCGAUCGUCACCGAUUCUAGGCUGCGAGACUGUUUUCCCCAUUUUACCACGUAUAUUCCAAAAAAUCUACGAGGGUGAGGAUUAUCCUCUCUUAAUGUCAAUGUACCUGUCUAUACUGGCACGUGUUUUGCUUUCCUCGCAUGAUGUUUUUACACGUGUUUUGCGCACGUUGGCUCAAGUUCAUAAUGAAACGGACGAAAAUGUCCUUGGAAAAAUUUUAAAUGUUUGGUUAUCGAAAAUGCCAAUGGUGUCUCAAUUAGAACAGCGCAAACUUUUGGGUCUAGCGUUGACGAAUUUAUUGACCACUCAAAGUCGGCCAGUGUUUCAGAGAUUUGCAACAGUUAUGGUCAAUAUUUUGGAGUGUUUGAACGAUAUGGAAGAUUCACUUUUGUUGUCGGAUGGUCGUAGUCCGAGUGAUUAUGAUGAUGUUGUGCCGUAUGAAACCGAUCAUGAUCAAAGGAAGAAACAAUUGAUUUUGUCGGAUCCAGUGCAUACGAUAGUUUUGAAAGAUUAUUUGCAAUCACAAAUGUAUGAACUUAGGAAUCAGAUUGGGUUACCUCAGUAUGAACAACUGCUACAAACAGUUGAUCCUGAUACUAUUUCACAAUUGAAGGGGUAUAUUACGUUGUGAGAAUGACAAAAUGAAAUUCUAUCUUUAGCAAUAUCUUAUUAUUUUUGUUAUAUUUUUGUAACAUACCUAGUUGUAUAAUAAUCGUUUCUUUUAGUCCUUAUUCAAAUGAAUUUCAUUCUAAUUAUUUAUUGAAUACAUCGCUUAGUUAUUAUGAUUCCGAAAUUGAUUUGAAACCUACAUAUUGUAUAUGAUUGUACCAAAUAAGAUAUAAUAAAAACUGUUACAAUCAAACA